AUGGACUGGUACGAGCCGGGAGAGGACACAUACACACUAAUGGAUGUUUUGGAAGAAGAGGACCUGGAAAUGAAGGUUAUUCUGGACCUGGGAACAUCGACUGGAAUAAUAGCAGAGCAUCUGGAAAAGAAAAACACUGUCCUAUCGUCAGACAUCAACAUCAAAGCACUUCAAAACCAUAGGGGAGGAAAUUUAGUGAGGGCAGACUUACUUCAUGCAAUAAAUCAGCAACAUGUGGAUAUUGUUGUGUUCAAUCCUCCAUAUGUACUUGACUCCGACGACCCUGUCAUAGGAGGGGGCCAUCUUGGAAGAGAAGUGAUCGAUAGAUUCAUCAGUCUUCUCGAGAUCGGGAUUGUAUAUCUUCUUGUUAUACAGGCCAACAAGCCAAGUGAGGUAAUGAAGCUGCUUGAAGAAAAGGGAUAUAAAACCAAAAUUCUUAGGGUGAGAAAGAUCCUGGGAGAAACAAUCUAUAUCAUCAAGGGGGAAAGACACAUAAAGAAAUAG